GUCUUGUCUUGACUUCCCUUUCCCGCCUAUGUCAGCUUGGUACUCCACAGGGAACACGAGAACCGGAGAGAUGGCUUCUCUAGGCCGCUGUCUGAUCUUGGUCGCUGCGGUUCUGGUGACAAGAGCCUCUGCCCUGGGCCAACAAGCUAUAGUAGACUUCACCAGCUCUGCUAAUAGCCUACAGAUCGCGGGUGGACCCAUAUCAGCCGGUCAAAUACGCGUCUCUCCGAACGAGUACUGGGGCGUCAUCCGUGCAGCAAACGACCUGGCCGUGGACUUUGGGCGUGUGACGGGAACUAAUUACACUCUCAGCAAUAGAGAGACUGGGGCUUCCCCGGCCACCUAUGGCUACGACCCGAUAAAUAACAAGAACAAUACUGAGUUUUCAACUACAGGAAAGACAGAGUUCUCCGGGCCUAGCUAUUCCGACCCAAACCCAGGAAGCACAGUGAUUAUUGUUGGAACCAUUGGUCGUUCCAACAUCAUCGAUAAUCUCGUAUCAUCCAACAAAGUCGAUGUUUCCGAAAUCGAGGGCAAAUGGGAGGCAUUCGUCAGCCAAGUUGUCGCAGAACCGAUUCCAGGAGUCGCUCGAGCGUUGGUGAUCGCGGGCAGCGACCCUCGCGGAACGAUAUAUGGCAUCUACGACGUCAGUGAGCAAAUAGGCGUCAGCCCUUGGUACUUUUGGGCCGAUGUGCCUACCAAAACGCACAAAGACAUCUUCGCCUUGCCUGAGAAGAAGGUCCAGAACUCUCCAACCGUCAAAUACCGUGGGUUCUUCAUCAACGAUGAGCAGCCCGACCUUACCAAUUGGGUAUCCUCGCGCUGGCCAGACACGCCGUACGGGCCCGGGUACGAACAUAGGUUCUACGCACUUGUGUUCGAAGUCCUGCUGCGCAACCGGGCCAACUACCUCUGGCCGGCCGUCUGGGGCACCAUGUUCCCCGUCGACGACCCGGCGAACCAGCCGCUUGCCGACGCAUACGAGGUGGUCAUGGGCACGUCACACACGGAGCCGCUGAUGCGGGCGCAAAACGAAUUUGGCAAGUUCUACAAGGGGCCGUGGGCGUACAACCUGAACAACGAGACCAUUGACGACUACUUUCGGUACGGCGUCCAGCGCGCCAAGCCGUACGCUCGCAACUCGCUCUGGACGGUCGGCAUGCGUGGCACGGGCGACACGGCCAUCUCGGGGCUGGGCACCGACAGGAUCGUGACGAUGCUGCAGACGCUCGUAGAGAACCAGGCCCGGAUAAUGGAGGACGGCCUCGGCGUCAACCGCACCGAGAUUCCGCAGGCAUGGUGUCUGUACAAGGAGGUGCAGUCGUACAUCUUUGAGGGCUUGAGGGUGCCGGAUGAGGUCACGCUGUUGUGGGCCGACGAUAACUGGGGCAACGUGAGACGGUUCCCGCUCAAGAACGAGACGAGCCGGCACGGAGGCGCGGGAGUCUACUACCAUUUUGACUAUGUGGGCGAUCCGCGCAACUAUAAAUGGGUCAAUACUAUUCAGCUGUCAAAGACUGCUGAGCAGGUAUGGGUGCCAAUACUUACUGCCAUAAUGCACAUGGCGUACGCGCGCGGAGCGGACAGGAUCUGGGUGGUCAACGUGGGCGACAUCAAGGCCCAAGAGAUUCCCAUCAGCCACUUCUUCGACAUGGCCUACGACGCCAAGAAGUGGACGGUCGACGCGACACACAGCUGGGCCAAGGACUGGGUCAAGCGGGAGUUUGGGGCAGAGCACGCCGACCAGAUUGCCGAAAUCAUGAUGACGUACGGCAUGUACGCAGCCCGAAGGAAGUUUGAGCUCGUCGAGCCCAACACCUUCUCGGUGCUGCACUACCACGAGGCGGAUGCCGUGCUGGAGCAGUGGGCCGUGCUGCACGAGCAGGCCCAGGCCGUCUACGUACAGCUGGAUGAGGCGUACCGGCCUGCCUUCUUCCAGAUGGUGCUGCAUCCCAUUAUUGGCGGGGAGAUCCUGUACAAGAUACAGAUCUCGGGGGCCAAGAACCAGCUCUACGCGGGGCAGAAGAGGAACUCUGCCAACGAGGUCAUCAAGAGCAUGCUAGCACUAUCUGACGAUGACGCCAAUCUUACAAAGAGGUGGAAUCAGAUGUUGGAUGGCAAAUGGGAGCACAUGAUGGACCAAACACACCUCGGCUACGACGGCUACUGGCAACAGCCCAUGAGGAACACACUUCCGGAUGUUCGCUAUGUGCAGACGGCAUGGUCGUCACUGGCAGGCCAGCUCGGGAUCGGCGUCGAGGGAUCCAACGCAACGGUCCCUGGGGACGACAAGUACCACGAAAACACAUCAAACAAUCUCCGCGUCCCGCCCAUGGAUCCGUACGGGCCCAUCACGCGCUACUUUGACCUCUUCUCCCGCGGCGUCGACGUCUGCGAGUGGAACGCGAGCCCCUGGCAGCCGUGGGUGAAGCUGUCGGCGUACAACGGACGCGUGGGUGGACAAGACGACAUCCGUGUCUUCAUCCAGAUUGACUGGGACGCCGUGCCGUCCAACGUGACGAGCACGGUGGUCAACAUCAACAUCACAACCCCCUGUCGCAGCAAGGACAGGUACGGAUACGGACUGCCGAUGGUGCAGGUGCCCAUCAACAAGCGCUCCGUGUCGGGCAACUACAGCCAGGGCUUCGUCGAGGCCGACGGCGUGGUCAGCAUCGAGGGUGAGCACUACCAGCGCGUCGUCAACGCAUCGCAGCCGUCCAACACCAGCCUCUCGUACCACACCUUCAAGAACUAUGGAAGGACCAUGUCGGGGGUCGGGCUGUGGCCUCUGGACACGGACAAGGUGACGGUCGAGGAGGCGCCCGCGCUCGAGUACGACCUCUACCUCUUCAGCAACCACUCGACCGCCAACGUGACCGUCCUCAUCUCGCCGACCCACAACUACCUGGGCGACCGCAUGCCGCUCGCCUACGCCGUCGCCGACGCCGUCUGGGGCCGCCAGGGCAACUUUACGACGUCCCGGUUCUCCGUCCCACGGCCGGGGGCGCACAAGCUCCGCAUCUGGGCGCUGAUGCCCAGCGUCGUGGUGCAAAAGGUCAUCAUCGACAUGGGCGGCGUCAGGCCGAGCUACCUGGGUCCGCCCGAGAGCUUCUUGCUGGGUCGGGACAAGAUGGGCGAGUACAACCAGACUAGUUUCCUGAAUGCGCCUGGGGCUGUUGGCGGGGCGGGUAACGGGAACUUGACGAGGAUCGGGAUGGCAAAGGAGGGCGGUGCUGCGAGGGUUGGUGUCGGGGCUGCUGGUCUUUGGUUGUUGGUUGGGUGGUUUGCCGUCUUUUUGAUGUGAGGAUUGAGAUCGUCGUCGAAACUGUAUGCGGUACCUGGUCUUGGUAUGUAACCACCCAUAUAGCAAGUAUGGUUUGACUUGGGGCAAACUGGACAGGAUCUUCAAACAUUAAAAUUCCAGAUGAAUGAGGGAGG